AUGGCUCUAAACUACAGUUCUAUCGAUGAUGUGGGUGCCUUCUCAUUCCGGAAUCUUGAAAGAAAUGCAAAACUUGAAAAAAUGGGAUUAAAAAUGCCUAGUUUUCGAAAAACUGGUACUACAAUUGUGGGAGUGACUGCUCGGGAUUGUGUCAUUUUGGCUGCAGACACACGUGCUACUUCAGAUACUAUAGUUAUGGAAAAGAAUUGUGAAAAAAUCCAUUACAUUGGCAAAUAUAUGCACUGCUGUGGUGCUGGUACAGCAGCAGACACUAUGCAAGUUACACGUAUGGUAUCUGCCAAUGUUUCCUUGCAAGCAUUCAAGUUUCCGGAAGAAAUGGUUCCCGUUGCGUUUGCUGCUAGGUCACUCCGUCAAUAUCUUUUCAAAUACAUGGGGUAUGUUUCAGCCGCAUUAAUUUUGGGUGGUAUUGAUAACAGUGGUGCACAUUUAUAUUCCAUUUACCCUCAUGGUUCAAUCGAUAAAUUACCUUAUAUAUCUAUGGGAUCAGGAAGUAUGGCAGCUAUUUCAGAACUUGAAAGUCGCUGGAAUGAAAAUCUAACUGAAGAAGAAGGCAUGAAACUAGCAUGCGAUGCUAUUUUAGGUGGUGUAUUUAACGAUCUUGGAUCUGGAAGUAACGUGGAUCUGUGUAUUAUCAAAAAAGAUGGAACUCGUAUGCUCAGAAACUACCUGACACCUAAUAAGAAGCCAGCUACUGCUAAAUAUGUCUAUCCGACUGGUUUGACUAAAGUGUUACACAAAAGUGAAAUCAAAUUCGAAAUUGCAGAAGAAACUGUCAUGGAAGUUGAUUCUUAA